GCAGUAGCAGGAAGAGAGCAGGAACUGGGCAUUGGGAUAUCGGAGAGGCAUUGCUAAACGCUCUGGAAGAAAAUAUGACACAAGAUUCCUGCGCAGGGACUAAGAAGAUGCAGCAGAUGGAUACUGUUGGAUGGCUCCCAAUCUAAGAAGGCCACUUUGUUAGACCCUUGACUUCAUUUCUGAACACGAAAGCUGUGAUGAUAGCAGAACCAGAAUUAUCCAACAAGGUCUCCCUUCAAAAAGAGAAUGAGAGCCAUUCGGAGCCUGACAAUGAUCUGGAGAACCAAAGACGGGGAAGUGCAGGCUCCUUAUCGUCAUGGAAACGGAGACGGAGGAGCCAGUCUGAGAAAAGCAGAAGGAGAGCAUCAGUGUGUUCCCACCAGGACCGCAGGAAUGGACACUGCCAGAGGGAUGACGACAUUGAGGCUGUCACACUGUUUGAAGUAGUCAGGAUGGGAAAAAGUGCCAUGCAGUCUGUUGUUAAUGACUGGAUUGAAGAGUAUAAACAAGACAGAGAUACCGCACUCCUGGAUCUCAUCAUCUUUUUCAUUCAGUGUUCAGGAUGCAAAGGGAUGGUUACAGCUGAGGUCUUUCAAAAUAUGCACAGCCCUGACAUUAGGAGAAAAAUGACUGAGGAAUUUGAUGAGGAAACAGGCUUACAGUACAAGAAGUUCAUGGUCUACCCCUGGAUCUUGAAUGUUACCUGGCCACUAGACUUGGACAGUGGAGAUUACCCCCUUACGAUGUCAGGGCCCUAUUGGAAGAAAUUCAAGUCCAAUUUCUGUGAAUUUCUCUCUGUGCUGAUUCAGCAUUGCCAAUACACUAUCAUACACGAUGAAUACCUGAUGGAUACUGUGAUCUCCCUGUUGACUGGGCUCUCAGACUCCCAGGUGAGAGCCUUUCGGCACACCAGCACACUCGCAGCUAUGAAAUUCAUGACGGCCUUAAUCAAUGUGACUCUGAGUUUGAGAGUCCAGUUGCAAAACUCUCAGCGACAGUGUGAAGUUGAGAUGUUUGACAAAAGACCCAACAGGAGGCUGGAAACGUUCUUGCAGAAGAAAAAGGAGAUUAUAGAAAAGCAGGAAAACAUUGAGAAUCUGAUGAAUGCAAUUUUCAAAGGAAUCUUCCUUCAUAGAUACCGUGAUGCAUUACCUGAGAUCAGAGCUAUUUGUAUUGAAGAAAUAGGAAUCUGGAUGAAAAGCUGCAGCGAUCGCUUCCUGACUGACAGCUACUUGAAAUAUGUAGGAUGGACUUUGCAUGAUAAACAAAGUGACGUGAGAUUGAAAUGCCUGAUUGGUUUACUGGGUCUGUACUCUGACAAAGAGCUUUGUUCAAAGAUGGACCUUUUUACCUGUCGUUUUAAGGAUAGAAUCAUAUCAAUGACACUGGACAAAGAAAGUGAAGUAGCUGUCCAAGCAAUCAAGGUGUUAACUCUCAUGCUGGAGAACUGCGAGGAGUUUUUAACUUCUCAUGACUGUGAACAGUUAUAUCAGUUGGUUUAUUCAGCACAAAGACCUGUGGCUUUGGCAGCUGGUGAAUUCCUGCACAGAAAGUUGUUUUGCGGCCUGGAGUCUGACGUACAAGAUGAAGUGCCUGAGAGAAAGGAAAAACCCACCUGCAAUCUCAACCAUCUGUUAACCCUUGUUAACUUUUAUCAGGAGAGUGAGGGGAACGCACAGUCAGCCUAUCUUGUUGACAGUCUCUGGGAUUGUUCAGCAUUCAUCCUAAAGGACUGGGAGUCCAUGACGGCUUUAUUACUGGAAGAUGAAGACUCUGGAAAGGAAGCUUUGACCACCUUACAGAAGAAAGGACUGGUUGAAAUUAUGUUGAGCACAAUACGACAGGCUGCAGAAGGCCAUCCGCCUGGAGGCCGAUGUUUAGGAAAGAAGAUUCAAAUGACGAAAGAGAGAAAAUCGCAGAUUGAUGAUCGGGCCAAGCUCACUGAACAUUUCUUCGUGAUACUUCCACAGCUUUUAGCUAAGUAUUCUGCUGAUGGAGAGAAAGUAAUUACAGUCAACCUUCUGCAAAUACCUCAGUACUUUGACCUGGAGGGUUAUGGUACGGCACAGCUAGAAAAGCAUUUGGAUACCUUACUGAAGCAGUUGAAGGAAAUUGUAGAGGAACAGACAGACUCUGAAAUCUUGGAGUUCUGUUCGAAGACGUACCUUGUUCUCAGUAAUGAAGAGUGGGCUACUCAGGACCAAGUAGAUUCUGCAAAGCAUCAACUGUUUGACCAGCUGGUGACCAGGUUCAACAGGGUGCUGAGGGACUUCCUCCACAAGGGAGGCCAGUUUGGUGACACAGAGUCUUACCAGAUGUGGUGUGCAUUGAAAAGAAUCACGACUUUCCAUAAUGCUCAUGAUAUAACUCGAUGGAACCUGUUAAACAGCACCUGCAAACUACUGAAGAGAGCCUUGGAGAAUGGAAACGUGCCUGAACAGAUUAUCGUUCAGGCAAUCCUCUGUAGCUAUUAUUACAUCAUGUGGCAGCUCUCGAAAGUAUCUGAAGGUGAUUCCUCCAAGGUACAGGAUAGUGUGAAAGUGUCGCUGAGGAAGCAGAUGAGAGGAUUCUGCCACAUUUGCAGACAGUUCCUAAAUAAUCCCAGCAGCACCGUCAAAGAGCAGGCCUUCAUCAUUCUGUGUGAUCUUCUGCUGGUUUUCAGCCACGAGGAACCACCCAUUGGUUCUGAAAUGGUCGAGCCAUUUGCCUAUAUCCCAGAGGAGUCCCUGCAGACAGAGCUUGUGACCUUCGUCCUGGAUCAUGUUUUCAUCGCCCGAGACAGCGGUCACCCUGACAACGAUGAGGAAUGCAAAGUGGGCAGACUGCACAAGAGGAGAAAUCUGCUAGCUGCUUUCUGUAAACUAAUCGUAUUCAGUGUUGUGGAGAUGGAUAUUGCUGCUGACAUCUUCAAACAAUACAUCAAGUAUUACAUUGACUAUGGAGACAUCAUUAAGGAAACACUCAGCCGGACGAGGCAGAUUGAUAAAAUUCAGUGUGCAAAGACCUUAAUUCAGAGCUUGAAGCAGCUGUUUAAUGAGCUGUUGCAAGGCCAAGGCUCCAGUUUGGACAGAUGGUCCCAACAGUUCACCAGCAUCAAGGACUUGGCUCGACGUUUCUCGCUGACCUUCGGAUUGGAUCAAUUGAAAACCAGGGAAGCAAUGGCGAUGCUACACAAAAAUGGUAUCGAGUUUGCCUUCAAAGACGAAAAUCCAAAGGGCAAGGGUCAGCCUCCUCCGAACAUGGCUUUUCUGGACAUCUUGAGUGAGUUCUCCCCCAAACUGUUGAAAACAGACAAAAGAACUGUGUUCAAUUACCUGGAGCGGUUUGUGACAGACCAGAUGGCAGCAGAGAAUGGAGAGGAGUGGCUUCCACUGAUUUUGUACAGAAGGUCUUUGUUGGAUUGUAGAGAUGAUGAUACUGUAUCCACAAACAGCAGUGACCAGAGUGCACUGUCUCCAGUACAAGCACAAUUCAAAUCAUCGUCUCUGAAACGGAGGCUGCAAACUGAGGACAGUAAUGGUCACGUAGGACUGAAUGAGGAGCAGCAUGCGAAGAUCUCACCUCGUUCCCUGAUGCCUCAGUUGACGCCUAUGGGGCCAGGAGAAGAUGAGAAGCAAAGGGUGCAUGGCACAAAGGAGCAUUCACUGGAAACUGUCAGGAUGCAGUCACUCAGCAGUGAGUAUGGGACCACAACGAUGGAGAACACAGACAAACUGGAAGAUGGUGUUGCAACAAAAUUAGCCGAGGGUGACCUUGAUGACGUGAAUGAAAUAUUGGAUAUUGACAAUGAUUGACACAAACUCGGAUCCGACCAAAUGACUUGUUUAAAGGCAUCGGGAGACUUUCUACGCAGACCCUUCCCAUCAUAAGAAUUGAGUAUUUUGUAAGUUCUACCAAGAGAGUUUUCAAGAAUCAUGAAUCAAGAAUGCAAAAUAAAAACAGUAUAAGCCAUUAUCCAGGAAGAAAACACGAGAAGCUUACUACACAGAGUGUCAGCUCAAGACCAAAAGGAGUAUAUCCUUCCCGAGAGAUAUUAGUUUUCUUGAGGAUGUAUUAUUUUCUGCAGCUUGUGGAACAAGAAGUUAUUUUUCCCUCAAGAACAAUUUUGACAAUGUCUUGAUGCAUUGUGUAACAAGAACAGAAAAUGCUGGGGAUACUCAACAGGUCGGGCAACAUCUGUGGAGAGAGAAUCAGACAGAGUGAAUGCUUCAGAUCAAUGACCCACCAUCUGAACAGAACGUCCUCAAGUGUUUUCCUAUUGGAUACAUGUAAUGUUUAGUUCACUACUGGAUUAUCCAGACCAAGUUAGUUUUGGGUUUGAUCCCUGAUCUCUUCUGAGUUACUGGACCAUAACUGCAUGUAAGCAACAGCUAGUAUUGAAUCCUCAUAGAUAUUCACUGUUCGGUAUUAACCCACCAUGAAUGAUAGUGACUUGAGUCAAGAAAUGGAGGGCCACCAACUUUGAAGUCAUAUUUCAUAAUGUUUAUGAGGUGGUGGAAAAACAUGUCAAAUAGACAAACAGACUAUCUUCUGCAAGUCAAUGAAAUGUUGAAGCCUAAUUAAGUAUUUUAUUAAGAGUUUAAAAAUCACAAGCGUAGAGGAAAAUGUGAUUAAACUCACCUCAAAUGCUGGCAGCUAAUAUUAAUAUUACAACCACCAAUUUUCUCUAAGCUAUAUAUUUUCAAUAUAAGGCUAAUAAGGCAACUAUAAUGAAACAUGUUAAUGUGUGCAUUAGGAUCUAUCAAUGGGCUCCGUGAAUGUUAAACACUGCUGAGAAAAAUCCAGGGGGUCUUUUGUGGUUCAAGAGACCCAGAUUCAAGUCCCCCCUACUCCAGAGGUGUGUAAUAACAUCCCUGAACAGGUUGAUUAAAAGAAUUGAUAGAAUACAAAAGCCGUCCUGUCAACAGUUGUUUCAAAUCUGGGAUUUGCUGAUGUCCCGUCCCCUAAUUCUGUAGAAACUUGAAUCUGCUCUGUCAGUCAAUAAUAUCAUGGCUCAUCUGAUGCUUGAUAUUCCCACCCAGCGUGAUAAUCUUCCACCUCCUCAAGAAUCUCUCUACCUCUGUUUUAAAAGUAUUCAAGGAUUCUGCUCCCGGCGUUUUUUGAGGAAACAUUCUAAAGACUCAUGACGCUCUGUGAGAGAAAAAAGCACCCUUUCGCUACAACUAAAAUAUACAGCAAUGUCUAUUUUUAAACUAUGACCCCCUAGAUCUAGAUUAUCCCAUAAGAAGAAACAUCUUUUCCACUGGUACUUGUCAAGUAGCCUUUCACUUUUCUAAACUCCAGCAGACACAAGCUGAAAACGUGUUGCUGGAAAAG